AGAAAAUUCCGGUGUGCCUAAUACUGUUUAUAAGGGAAAUCACAGAAAUUAUACGAAAGAAUGUAUUAUAAUAAUAGACAAGAAAACAGGUGAUAUGACUUUAGAAAAAUUAAGCUACAAUAUACAAGUUAAGAAGACAAGGAGUGAAGCCAAUAAGCCAGCCAUUAACCCAGUUAUGACAACGGGACCUCCAAAAUUGGAAAAUACAACGAUGCGUUUACAAUCUAAAACUAAAGUGUCGACUGGAAGUCGACGAAAUAAUAUUAUUGAUUUCAAACCGCGUAAUUCUCCAAUGCAAGGCUCUCCAUCAGCAGGCGUCAGUUCAACGGUGCACAAAAGUCCACAAUCAGCGCCUGCCUGGAAUGCAAACAACGCUCAAGCUACAUUACCUAGUAUACCAAUCAUUGAUACUGAUGUGGAAAUGCCAAAUAGUUCAAUUGCUAGCACUCUUCUAGGCAACAUAAUUAAUACAUCACCGUCAGCCAUAAACAAUCAUAAUAAUUCAGUGCAAGAUAAUCAAUAUCAGUUUGGACAAACUAAAAAACAAAAGAAAUCUUUACAAAACAAUGCAAAUCGAAAUAUUAACAAUCAAAGGCACCAGCAUCAACAACAGCACCAACAGCCACACCAACAACAACAUCAACAACAACAUCAACAACAAUACCACCAACCACCACAUCAACAGCAACAGCAGCAGCACCAGCACCAGCACCAAUAUCAACAGCAACAAUUGUUACAACAACAAACACAACAGGACCAACAACAAACAUGGCUACAGCAAACGAAGCAACAAAAGUUACGACCAAAUUUACAAGAACAACAAAACUUUUUCCAAAACCAACAACAGUUGCAUCAAGAUAUGAGUCAAGUGUCAAAUGGCAAUGCAUAUAAAAAUCAUAUUGGUAUCAAUGGUGGUAAUCACUACAGUAACAAUUCACCACGUGACCUAGGUGUUCCAGAAUCAUCGGAAAUUGGUGAGAUGACUUCAUCAGAGUCUUCUAAUUCUAGUGAUAGUGAUAGUGAAAGCGAAAGUGAUAGUAACUCAAGUUCCGGUAAUUCGGACAAUGAACCAGAACAACACCAGAAACAAAAACAUCAGCAUCAACAUAAACAACAACAACUACAACCACAAUUAAUGCAUCAACAACAAUAUUAUCAACAUUUUAUGAUAUGUGAAACAAAUGAUGAAAUAAAUAUUGCCCUUAAAGAAAAUGCCUUUAAAUGUAAUUAA